CAGUCUCCGCUUCUCAGGAAACGUGCACUUCCGUCUUUUGUGGCCUCGAACGGCACAUUUUCCAUUUCCAGAGCGGCCUCAGUGUUCGGCAGGCCCCCGGGCGAGCAAGGUGUCGCCACAUAAACUGGCAGCGAUGCUGAGAAAAACAUGAAACCUCUUCUAUUUAUAGGCUCCUUAUCGACAAGCAAACAGCGCGCAAGUGAAAGCGCCGCGCGUCCGAACGCUGCGCGCACGGCAGAGAGCGCACUUUCAGUUUCUCCAUUAAGAGGAAAAAAAAAAAAACAGAAGUGACUUCAGUUUGAAAGAUUUGAAAGGAAGAGGGUCCGAGCUUGUUUCAUGGAGUUCUCCGAGCACAUCAAGACCGCCAAUGUGGAGGACGUGGUGCUGCGGCAGCCGCUGAAUCCGCCGGGCCGGGGCACGCUGUGCAUCACCGGACACCACCUGCUCUUCUCGGACCGGGAGGACGGAGGAUCCCGCCAGCUUCUACUGCUCCUCAGGAACAUCGAUGCCAUUGAGAAAAGUGUGGAAAACCUCUUGGGCUAUUCUGGCUUCUUCUCUAAUGCAGGCCUCAGUGAAAGGAUGACAGGAUCAUCAGGGACGAUCACCAUCAAGUGUAAAGACCUGCGUGUUUUCCAGCUGGACAUCCCAGGAAUGGAACAGUGUCUCAACAUCGCACGCUCCAUUGAGACCCUGUCCUGUCUGGACUGCGUGUGCGAGAUGUACCCCUUCUUUUACAGACCGGCCUUUCUCAGCCUGCAGGACCAGUGGGGGCUCUCAUCGCCUGAAAAACACUACAGUCAAAUGAAGGCACUUCAGGCGGGCUGGAGGCUGAGCAGUGUGAACAGAGACUACUCGGUGUGUCCCUCGUAUCCCCCAGCGGUCAUCGUGCCAAACGGCGUAGACGACGACACGCUGAAGAAGGCGGCCAAAUUCAGACAGGGAGGGCGCUUCCCUGUCCUCUGCUACUACCACAAGAAGAACGGCAUGGUGAUCAUGCGCAGCAGUCAGCCGUUACCCGGAGCCAACAGAAAGCGCUGCAGGGAGGACGAGCUCCUCCUCCAGGCCGUGAUGGGAGACUCUGACAAAGGCUACGUCAUCGAUACCCGCUCCAGUCAGCAGGCUCAGCAGGCCCGCAUGACCGGUGGAGGGUUCGAGUCCAAAUCAAGCUACAGCUGCUGGAAGAGGCUGCACAGGCAGAUGGAGAGGGGUAAAGCCCUCCAGGAGAGCCUGAUUAAAGUGGUGGAGGCUUGUGGCGAUGAGUCUCACAACAUGGACCGGUGGCUCAGUAAGCUGGAGAAUUCUAAGUGGCUGUCUCACAUCCAGACGGCUCUGUCUACCGCCGGCCUGCUGGCUGAAUGCGUGGAGAGGGACGGUCACUCGGUCCUGGUCCACGGCUCCGAGGGGAGAGAUUGUUCUCUGCUCAUCAGCACUCUGGCUCAGAUCAUCAUGGAUCCACACUGUCGUACGAUGGAGGGCUUCCUGGCUCUGCUGGAGAGGGAGUGGGUCCAGGCGGGCCACCCGUUCCAGCAGAGAUGUGCUCGCUCGGCCUUCUCCCACGCUCGCCUCCAGCAGGAGUCCCCGCUCUUCCUGCUGCUGCUGGACUGCGUGUGGCAGCUGUGGCGGCAGUUCCCGCUGGCGCUGGGUUUCUCCGAGGCGCUGCUCCUGCGACUGGCCACUGAGGUUUACGCUUCAAACUACGGCACCUUUCUGUGCAACAGCGAUCAGGAAAGAUGUACACUGGGAGUGAAGACCAAGACUCACUGUUUAUUCCAAGCCUUAUUGAGGCUUGAGGAAAGAGAUUACUACUGUAACCCGUUGUAUGAGCCCACUGAACUCGCUAUCUGGCCCUCAGUUCACCCUCAGUCCCUACAGCUCUGGAGAGGCUUCUUCCUGCGGUGGACGCCACAGACUCGUCACCUGGAAGAGGCUCAGGAGGAAAUCAGGAACAUGGUCAUCGAGUGCGGGAAGCUGAUGCUCAGAUGAUUCCCACUUAUUUCAAGGAGGGAUGUUACCAGAGGAUUAAAGUCAGAAUAGCAUUAUCAUUUUCAAAACACACCGCAAUGUCCACAGAAGCACAACAUUGUUUUUAUUUCAUAAGAUAAUGUGGGAGCAUGGAUUUUUUUUUUUUUUAAAGCCAGCCCAGUCAUACACCCGCACAGCCAGGAGAACAGCUGGAACGUCAGGCUCUUCGUCAGACUCUACAUGAAGCCAACUGAACUUCAGAAAACAAAACACAUUGAUCUGAUAUUCCCCAUGAUGAGGAGGUAGUGUCCCCUUGAAAGAAUUCCCUGAAGAGUAUUUAUAGACUAGUUUUAUCUUUUUAUUUUUUGCAUUCCAGAAUGGAUACCGCCACCGUUGCGCUUUUUCACUAACUCCUGAUCCCUGCUGGACGCUGCAUUUGCACUAUCGGUGGUAAUUACUGAAUAACCACUUUGAUCUGGCUUCCGUUCCCUUGGGAAAACUGUCUUUCCAAUAUUUCCAUUUUCAUUUCUGUGGAAUUUCUGCGCUCGACUGGGACUUUUGCAUUGAUGUGGAUCUUCCAACAUGUCAGGUAUAAAUACAUAUUGACUCGGCUUUUGCACUUGGAAGUGUUUAGAAAAAAAGCAACAUCUGCAGCUACAUGAAAUGUCAUUGUGUUUACAAAUUCUGUGGAAGUCAGCUUAACCAGUGCCUUUAUUUGUUCUGUUUCAUGGAGUGUAUUUUUUACAUUUCAUUACAAAAAUACACACAAAAAGUUAAGGUUAAUAUUUAAACCAGAGGUCAUUCAUAUUUCUGAAACACACCUUUCAACCUUAAAGCUAUUCACGCAUUUAAAAAUGCUUGAAAAGUUAUUAACGAUGGCUUACCAGCAUUGUUUACAUCUGUAUGUCUCAGUUGGUUUCAGCAUUUGAAAGUCAGCCUUUUAAAAAAACAUCUUUAAAUAUGUUGUAAAUAUCUGUGCUAUUAAUGUUGAAUAAAU